CUGAGCUUGACCAAGCCACACGCACCAGAGAGCAACAAUGGCUUCAGCAUUCGUCAAGCUCGAUGAUUCCCCAAUGUUCCAGAAGCAGUUAUUUUCUCUUGAAGAAACAACUGAUGAGUUAAAGGAUCGGUGCCAGAAACUAUACAAAGGGUGCAAGAAGUUUAUGACAGCUUUGGGGGAAGCAUUAAAUGGAGAAAUUGCCUUUGCUGAUUCAUUAGAAGCAUUUGGCGGUGGCCUGGAUGACCCUGUUAGCGUAUCAAUUGGAGGACCUGUUAUAUCUAAGUUUAUUAACUCACUGCGUGAGCUAGCUAGUUUUAAAGAGCUUCUUCGUUCACAGGUAGAGCAUGUGUUGAUUGACCGGCUGUCGGAGUUUAUGAAUGUUGAUUUGCAAGAAGCAAAGGAUUCUCGUCGCCGUUUUGACAAAGCUGUGCAUUCUUAUGAUCAGUCGCGAGAAAAGUUUGUGUCCUUGAAGAAGAAUACGCCGGAAGACAUUGUUGCUGAAUUAGAAGAGGAUCUACAAAAUUCAAAGUCAGCAUUUGAAAAAAGUCGCUUCAAUCUAGUAAACUCUCUCAUGAAUAUUGAAGUGAAAAAGAAGUAUGAGUUCUUGGAGUCCGUUAGUGCAAUAAUGGAUGCUCAUCUGAGAUACUUUAAGCUGGGUUAUGACUUACUGAGCCAAAUGGAGCCCUAUAUUCACCAGGUGCUAACGUACGCGCAACAGUCUAAAGAACAGGCUAAUAUUGAGCAAGAUAAGCUUGCAAAACGGAUCCAGGAAUACAGAACACAGGCGGAGCUGGAAAAUACAAGAGCUUCUAGCAGCUAUUCAGAAUCUGUGCCAGGUGCUGAUGGCACCCGUAUUGUAGGUUUGAACUCUUACAAAAGCAUUGAAGCAGGGAUGCAGUCUGCAACCAAAGGGGAGAUUCAAACAGUUAAACAGGGCUAUCUGUUAAAACGAUCAUCAAGUGCGCGAGAUUGGAAACGGAGGUUCUUUGUACUUGAUAACCACGGGAAUUUAUAUUAUUACAGAGUGAAAGGAGCCAAACCCAUGGGUUCUCAGUCAUAUAAUUAUACUCGUUCUUCUGAACAAAAUAGUGGCAUGUUUGGUAGAUUCCGUGCAAGGCACAACAGGGCAGCGUCGUUAAAUGAGGAUAGUUUGGGCUGUUUUGCAAUUGAUCUGUGCACAUCCACUAUAAAGAUGGAUGCAGAGGAUACAGAUCUACGACUUUGCUUCCGUAUAAUUUCUCCCUCAAAAACAUAUACACUGCAGGCUGAAAAUGAAGCUGAUAGGAUGGACUGGGUAAACAAAAUUACUGGAGCUAUCACAUCGGUUUUUAAUUCUCAAUUUCUUCAACAGCCUCAUUAUGGUAGAUUGCAUUUAGAAAAUAAAAACUCAGCAAUUGGUGCUUCUUUGACAAGUCAAUCAGAGGAUAGUCAUAACUCUUUGAUGGAUGACAUAUGUUCCAAGGAAGUGGGUAGUGUCUCUAAGAUUUUAAGGGGAAUUCCUGGGAAUGAUAAGUGUGCUGAGUGCAGUGCUCCUGAACCAGACUGGGCAUCUCUAAACCUUGGCAUAUUGCUGUGUAUUGAAUGUUCUGGAGUGCAUCGAAAUCUUGGAGUUCAUAUCUCAAAGGUUAGAUCUAUAACAUUAGAUGUUAAGGUUUGGGAACCUACCGUUUUGGAGUUAUUUGAUAACUUAGGUAAUGCUUAUUGUAAUUCUGUCUGGGAGGGCUUGCUUCAACUUAAUGAUGAAAGAGUGGGUGAAUCAAAUGUGCCUAUGAAACCAUGCACCACAGAUGCAUUCCAAGACAAGGAAAAGUACAUCCAUGCAAAGUAUGUAGAGAAAUCACUAAUCAUCCGGGAAGAUGAUAUACCUGGGAAUCCAUCAGUUUCCAUAAGAAUCUGGCAAGCAGUUAAGGCUAUAAAUGUACGAGAGGUGUAUCACCUUAUUGUCACAUCAACUUCAAAUCCGGUAAACACGAAAUAUGAUGAUGUGUUUCCGCAUGCUGAUACUGAAGGGCAACAGCAUGAUCCUGAAGCCUGUCUGAGAAUUAAAGAGACUAAUGAGACAGAAAGGUGUUUCCAUGGUUGGUCAUUAUUACAUCUGUCAUGUCAUUCUGACAGUGCACUAAUGGUUGAGUUGUUACUCCAAUUUGGUGCUGAUAUAAACAUGCGUGACUAUCAUGGAAGGACUCCCUUGCACCAUUGCAUUUCUACUGGGAAAAAUCCAUUGGCAAAGUUUCUACUGAGAAGGGGCGCAAGACCGUCAGUUAAAGAUGCUGGUGGACACACUGUACUUGAAAGAGCAAUGGAGAUGGGAGCAAUAACUGACGAAGAGCUAUUUAUCUUGCUUGCUGAAUGCCAAUAAAGAUGGAACUUACAUAUAUUGUGUUAAGAAUGUUGAGGUUAUAUUGUGUUAAGAAUGUUGAGGUUAAGCUGCUGUUCAUCAAGAAUAGAAAGCUCGAUGUCUUAUUUUAGCAUGGCUAAUUCACCAAAAGGAGGUUCAGUAACUUUUUAAUUUAUCUGGAUCCAUAUUUCUUGCAGUUACUAUGGAGAAAACUUCCCAUGUAUCUUUAAUGACAACUUAAAAAAACAAAUUCAUUACUCCCACAAAAACCAACCUCGUUUGAGUCGUUUCAU